UUAUACAUCGUGGUUAUCGUCCUAUACUCAAGACGGCAACUCCCAUUAAAUAUUUUACAGGGCCACGCUUUCUCUUCUCAGCAGUUCCAUAACAAAGUUUCCUGCUCCUUGAAUUAUUUUAUAUUUGACGUACUCCAUUUUUAUACCUUCUACCAGUUCAUCUCUCUUUGAAGAUGCAGAGGCUAUUCGCAAUUAGAAGAGCUUUAUCUUCGUUAUUAAUUUCCAGGAAUUCAACUCAAUCUGCUGCUUUCUCUACCUCUCUUCUCUUUGAUGAUACACAAAUUCAGUUCAUGGAAAGUGUUGCCCAAUUUGCUCAAGAAAAAAUUGCUCCUCAUGCAGAGAAAAUUGAUAAAACCAGUUACUUUCCUAAGGAUGUGAAUCUAUGGAAUCUCAUGGGAGAAUUUAAACUUCACGGAAUUACGGCACCAGAGGAAUAUGGUGGACUUGGCCUUGGAUAUCUCUACCACUGUAUUGCAAUGGAAGAAAUCAGUCGUGCUUCUGGUUCAGUUGGCCUGUCAUAUGGAGCCCACUCUAAUCUUUGUAUAAAUCAGUUGGCAAGGAAUGGGAAUCCUGACCAGAAAAAGAAAUACUUACCAAAGCUUAUCAGUGGGGAGCAUGUUGGAGCUUUGGCAAUGAGUGAACCAAAUGCUGGUUCAGAUGUUGUUGGUAUGAAGUGCAGAGCUGAUCGUGUUGAUGGUGGCUAUGUGCUAAAUGGGAACAAAAUGUGGUGCACAAAUGGCCCAACUGCUCAAACCCUGGUAGUCUAUGCAAAAACAGACAUGGCCAAACACUCCAAAGGAAUUACAGCAUUCAUCAUCGAAAAGGGAAUGCCUGGAUUUAGCACAGCCCAAAAACUGGACAAACUGGGAAUGCGAGGAAGCGACACGUGUGAACUUGUUUUUGAGAACUGCUUUGUGCCUCAGGAAAAUGUUCUCGGGGAGGAAGGAAAAGGGGUAUAUGUUAUGAUGUCAGGGCUGGACUUGGAGAGGCUUGUUUUGUCAGCUGGACCUCUUGGUAUUAUGCAAGCUUGCCUUGAUGUUGUUCUUCCUUAUGUUCGGCAGAGGGAACAGUUUGGGCGUCCAAUCGGUGAAUUUCAGUUCAUUCAGGGGAAGGUUGCUGACAUGUAUACUUCCUUGCAAUCAUCAAGGUCAUAUGUGUACUCAGUUGCACGAGACUGUGACGGUGGAAAAGUUGACCCAAAGGACUGUGCUGGAGUUAUUCUCUGUGCUGCUGAAAGGGGUACACAAGUUGCACUGCAGGCCAUACAAUGUCUUGGAGGUAAUGGUUACGUGAAUGAGUAUCCAACAGGGCGUUUUCUUCGGGAUGCAAAAUUAUAUGAAAUAGGGGCAGGAACCAGUGAGAUAAGGAGAAUGAUCAUCGGUCGUGAAUUGUUCAAGGAGCAAUGAGCACUCUAGAAUAAUUAUUGGGUGAUUCCAAAUCAACUAUCUGUGGUUCCUAUGCAAGGCUUCAUAACAGUGAAGAUACUGGGCUCUGCUAGACCAGGCGUGCUGCUGUAGAUUGCCAUCCAUUGCUCUCUUUCGAUACAUCUGUGAAACUGAUUAAACUGUAUAGAAUCUGUAAAGCAAAUAAGUGCAAUUAUAUCAAUCCAACAUUUUAGAGCUUUUUAAAUGCUCAAUUCCUUUGGACCUUCAUUUUGAGGCACACUUUAUAUAGAUUUAAUUGUGAAUGCCAAAGAUGUUAACUGAUAGUUCAUGGUUGCCUUGUUUGAGGUAGCAAUCUACUAAUAUCUUUUCAAUUUCCUUUUUUUUUUUGGUUGGGGAGGGGUUGUUUUGAGUUGAAUUUGGUGUAUCAUAAGGGAUUUCUGAAAAGACAGGUGAUAGAGAAUUGAUCAUAUGA